GUUACAUCCAAAAUGGCUGCCUCCAUAGAUACAUUGGCUUUGUAUUUAUCAUAAAAGUGUAAUUCUGAACUUGCUGUGAUAUUAAACUGGUUUAUUUGAUCAUCGUAACCGAUGCCGAUGGACAUAAGAUAUACCUUGUAUAUGAACUCAGGCUGCUGAGACUCGCGUGCGAUGUUCAAAUCUCGUGGAAAUGUAAAUACUGCCAGAUACAGUCGCACUAACAGAUCAAUGACAAAGCCGAAAGUCCGUCCGGAGGAGUCGGCCACCAUGUCAAAAGAAGAUAGUCACACCGGACUCCCUGCCAGUCACACAGGUUAUGACUUGAUCGAGUUCAUUGGCAGACUGGUUCUCAAUGUCUUGUUAAGAUUUUGGAGGCUAUGCAGCGCAGCAUUACUUAUGCUGUUUUUAUUUUAUUGGCAGUUUGGAGGUGUGAUGGUGUUUUUGCUCUUAUGCUCUGCAUUGUUUGGUCUUAUGUACAACCAGCAAGAUGCCCUUUUAUACUAUCCAGACCAACCAGAAUCUUCCAGAAUAUAUGUGAUGUCUCCACAUCACUUUGGAGUGCCUUAUGAAAAUAUAUUUUUUAAGACCCGUGACGGUGUUCGUAUAAAUGGCAUUCUGCUAAAGCAGCGGCCUGAAAACGUGACAAGAGUACCGACGAUAGUGAUGUUUCACGGGAAUGCCGGCAAUAUUGGGCACAG